UUUUUGUGAAUUUUGUUAGCAUUAUUGUUUUGAAUUUGUAUGGUGAGGAGGGUGAGAAUUAGAGCUAACUCUGUUUUUGUUAGUUUGCUAUCAGUUUGAUAUAGAUUUUUAAAGUGUUUUAUGAAAGAAUUCAUGUGUUUUUAUUUUUUAAAUAGAAUGAUUUUUGAUGUUGAGUGCAAAAAAAUAUAUUUCAUGUAUGUAAUUUUGGAUUGGGAGAAAUAAGGGUUUUUGCUCAAGUUUCUUGUGCUUUUGGUUACCCCCCUUUCUUGACUUGUUUGCUAAUAUAAUUUGCUUUUUAGGGGUUAAAUAUGUGUUUUUUGUUGUAAAAGAAAUGAUUUACUUGUUUAUUAUCAAUGGUUGUGUAGUUGUGUUCAAGGAUAGUGUGAAAAGUUGGUUUUUUCUGUAGUGGGUAAGUGAGGAAAUGGUUUGUAAAACAUGGGGGUGACUGGUUCAUGGUAAGUUUGAGAAGAGGAAUAGGUUUUGUAGCAUGUUUGAUAGCUACAAAUCAUGCAUAAGAUAAAGGUUGAAAAAGGGUGGGUGAAAGUAUUUAGGGUAAACUUUUUCAUUUUUCCCAAAUUGGUGAAAAAUGAUUCAUUGCCCAAAAUAAGUGAUACUUCAUUUUUUUAUAUAAGACCAACCGGAGGCGUUGAUUACCAUCACCGUUCCUUAUGACCGGUAACUCUCAACUUAGAAAUGGUGUAGUUAGGUUUGGACAACGAACAAACAAACGCACCCAGUAAAAUCCCACCUAUUGGUUGGGUCUCGGCUCGAAUUAGUGGUAUUGGAGGUACACAUUUCUUGCAGUGAUGUUGGCCUGAAGCUUUCAUGAGAUAUACGCCUCAUGAAUUUAAUAUAUUUAGCAUAUUAAUCGUCUUGAUAGCCUUCUAAAAUAUCAACUCCUGAAAGCGUCAAUGAUUGGUAGUAAAGUUGUGUUAACAUACAAGAGGAAGAGGCUCUCUUCAAGACCCGGUUUAGGGUUUGAAAAUGAGUUCCCUGAUCAAAAUCAUGGAUGUCAAACUUUAGAGGUCCUGAAAGCACCAGUUAAUAAAGAAGAAGUUUCAACACAUCAAUCUGAGCGAAAAGAUCCUGAGACACUGAAUCUAGGUGCUCUACAUAAUGGUGACAGCAAUGCAUUACAAAAGUGUGAAGUUUGUGAUUGUUCUUAUGAUGUUAAAGACAGAUUAUCGACUUUAGAAAAAGUCGGAAAUUCAUGUGACGACACAAUGGAAGUUAAAAAACCAGGUUUCCCGUUGAUAACAUUCAGUCGCAGAACAAGACAGAAAAAAACUGUGCAAGGAAAGUCAACUGCUGUGGAGAAAUAUGAUUUAGUGGCGGCUAAAACAAGUAAUUCUACGAUGGAUAAUGGUUGUCUUGUAGAUAUUUCGACAGAUUUAACAGGAAACGAUUCCAAUCCUAGAUAUUGCACUGCUAGUCAAGAAAAGAAGACCAUUGAAGAUGUUGAAAUCUGUGAUGUUGAUUCACUUUCUGCACCUAAAAUUGAAAUCAGUGAGAAGUCAACCAAUGGAGAGUUGACCACUGGAAGCUGCAUUUUAAAGGACAUCCCACUAAUAGCUGAAUCAUCAGCAGACGCACCACGGAUCUUAUUAAGUGAUGAUGCAGAAAGUGCUAAAGUUACCGUUCACAAAAAACAAGAGGAAGUCUCACUAGCUUCUUUUGAUUUGUCAAAGCCUCCACCUGAAUCAAGUGGUUUGGUGGACUGCAACUUAACACUGGAGUCUAGCUCUAACGUACAACUUCACAAUAAUGUAUCAGAAAAUCAUCGAGAAUCAACGGAUUCUACUAGCAGAAGUCAUUCCGUGGUUUUGCAUGAGUUCCCUUCUAGAAGCAGGGUACUGGAGUUGCUUGAUGACAGAAUUGGGGAGCCUUCAUUAUCUCGUGCUCCUCCAAGACUCUCUAGUAGCAGCCACAUGUUGGGCCCAGACCUCUCAUCGGCCGACAUUGGUCAAAGUCAACCAUCAAAAAAGAACUUUCUUCAGCUUUUUCCAGAAGACAGUAUUUUGCCAUCAAAAGAAACGUCUGUCAUGCAUUCGGCAUCCAACAGGAAACCGCUACACUUCAGGAGCUCAACACCCUUUCUGCCAAUUGAAUCUAGAAACAGUGCCAACUUUGAAGACAUGAGUGGGGUACAAUAUCCGUCUGACUCGGUAUCCUUAAUGAGACACAAGAUGAUGCUUGACAACAUUUUAAGUAAAGCAAGGGCUGUGAGUGUUAAACAGGGAAUUUUUUCAGACGGUUUUGACCAAUCAAAUGUAUGGUCGGAGGAGGAACUUGACUUUCUUUGGAUUGGUGUAAGAAGACACGGAAUGGGCAAUUGGGAUGCCAUUUUAAGGGAUCCGCGGCUGCACUUUUCAUCAUGGAGAUCACCACGUGAGUUAGCCGAGCGGUGGGAGGAAGAGCAGUCAAAUUUGUUGAGGACAAAACCGUCUUUUCACAUGAAACCGCUUAAGCCCACCAAGCAACACAAUCCUAUACUUGAUGAACCCCAACUCUCUCUUGGAUUUAGAAGAAGGUCAGCCGUUGACCCGUUUCCGGUCAAUGGUCCCAAGGGGAACUUAAACUUAAACUUACCCCAUUGGCUUAGGGAAGCGGUUAGCUUCCCUCCUUCAAGACCCGUUGAACAGGCUGGGGCUCCUGCGGUUUCCUACACGGGUCAUUCUGGCUUGAUGCAGUGGAUUAACCAACCCUUUUGUGGCCCCAAUAGAGCCAUGGGGAUGAUAGAUAGAAGAGGACCCGUGUUACAGCCAACAUCUGGUGCAACCCAUUGGGCCGAACCUCUCGUGCAAGCGGUUGCAGCGCGUCCAAUUAGUAAAGCAGAUGAAGUGAUUGUUAUCAACAGCGAUGCAUCUUCUGAAGAAACGAUAUCAGAUGAUCAUAGUGUUAGGAGUUAGGUGCAGGGGGUGUACUAGUAACUAUAUGAAGAACUUGUAGGUAGUUAGGUAUGGCUGUGUUGUGUACAGUUAAAUCUUAAUUAAGGAUUAUCUUGAAAACCAAAUUAAGGUUUUUAAACUUUGAUUAAGGGAUUUUGAGGUUGAAUUACAGGCUCCUAUGUGUUUUAGUCUGAAAAAUGUUUUUUUUUUUCAAGAUUUUACCCUUGUUAAUGUGUUUA